GACAGUAUGCCUAGCUACCUCAACCUACAAACGUGGGAACUCCCUGGAGCAGUUCGUGCUUAACGUAAUGUUACGCCGGGUUAACUUUAACGUUACUGCACUUAAAUGAGCUGCGGAGGUUGGUUUGUUGUCGGGGAUAUUGGCGGUACAACGUUGAAUCUUCACCUCCAAGUUAGCAUAGCAUAUAGGUCAUUAAUAUCAGGCUGAAGUAUUAACUAGGCUGUGUAACGUUAAAUAUAGCCUACAUAAGCGUCCUUGAAUUAAAAACGAGCACGGUAACCGCAGUUAGUAUGACAAGCAAAUAGUGAAUGUUACCGCCGUGAGUGGCACAUGUGAGAGAACUGGAUUAAGGUUAGUGUUAAUGCGAGUUUACUGCACGAGCUGUCAAAGUAAGGGAGGAGGGGCUUCAAUGUAUCUAAACAGACUGCAGCGGGCGGGCGGCGGCUACAAUUGAACCCAAAAGUUACUUUACUCAUGGUGCGGGACUGGUCAUGACGCAGCAGGAGCAGCAGGAGUUCAUGGAGAGCCUGGAGGCAGCCCUCUCCUGGAUGCGGGCCGUCCAGGAGAGGCUGAAGGCCAACGACAACACCCAGGGGCCCCGUGAUGCCCUGGAGGGACGUCUCAAAGAGACAGAGAAAAUCCAUCAGUCGGAGCACGAGGGUCGUGUGAAGAUGGACAUGGCGCUGGUGGCAGCUGAGAACCUUUUGCAGAGCGGAGACGAAGAGCUGAGGAACCACACCCACGCCAAGCUCAAAGACCUGAAAAGCCUGUGGGAGGAGACCUGCACCUAUAUCAUCCACUGUCACAGUCGCAUCGAGUGGGUGUGGCUCCACUGGGGCGAGUACCUGAAGGCGUGCGAGGAGUUUGAGCUGUGGCUGACGCGGCAGCAGCGCGGCCUGGAUGUCGGGGUGGAGCUGCAGCUGGGGGUGAAGGAGAAGCUCUGGCAGGUGGACCAGCAGAGGGUGGUGGUGAGCGACAUCCACGGCCAGGCGGCGCUGCUGGAGAGGCUGCUGGACGAGGCGGCCGCGCUCCACAACCGAACCCAGGACCCCAGCGUGGAGCCCCAGGCCCAGGAGAGGCUGCAGGAGGCCUACAACGACGUCCGAGACAGAGCAGAGGAGCGUCUGUCACUGCUUCAGAAGAUGGCGGAGGAGCACCAGACGUACCAAGGCUGCGUUCAGAGGUUCCAGUCCUGGCUGCUGUCAAAGACCAAGGAGCUAACUGAUCUGAUGGAGAGGGAGGAUACAGCCGAGAACAAGCUCAAAGCCUUACAAGUUCUGGACGACAGCGUGGCCGGCGAGGAGAAGACCCUGCAGCAUAUCGAGGGGGUGGCGGAGGCGGUGCGGGGCAACACCUCUCCCUCCGGGGCGGAGGUGGUGGUGGAGGAGGCCGAGGAGCUGAGGCUGGGCUGGCACAGGCUGAGGCAGGGCCUGUGUGAGACGGAGGAGGGCCUGCGCUCCAACCUGGACUCCCACAGUCAGUACAUGGCCAGAUGCCUGCGGCUGGGAGAAGACAUCGGCCACCUCAGGGUGCUGCUGCAGGGGCUGGAUCAGGAACUGGAGGAGGGCCGCGAGGCCAGGGACCGCACCGAGCGCACCGAGGAGCAGAUGGUGGGCCAGUGGAGGAAAUACACCGGUGUGAGGAAUACUCUGGCAGGGGAAGAGUCGCAAGUGGAACUACUCAAGGCUCAGCUCAAGGAGCUCUUCAGGUUCUCGGAGGACUCGCGCCACCUUUCAGAUGAUGUCCUGGCUGUUGUCAAAGAACAUCAGAGUGUGAAAUGCAGAGUGACGAGGCUGUGUUCAGAGUCCGAGUCGGGGCUGAGAAACAUUCUCCAGGAUCCACUGCUGGUCUACUCACAGUGGAGCCAUAUGGUCUCUCAGGUUCUGGAGGCUUCUGCUGAGGUUACUGACUUCUCCCAUAUCGCCAUGUUGGUCCAGACUAUGGAGCGUCUGCUGAAGGACAGUGUCCAGCUGCAGGAGCGUUUCAGUCUGCUGCAGGUGAAGGGGGACCUGCUGGACUCGGUCUUCGGUCCCGAGAGGUCUGACGGCUUGCAGGGCGAGCUGAGUUCUGCCGUCAGGAACCGAGAGCUGCUGCACACUCAACUGCUGCAGAGGAAGAGCAGGCUACAGGGCUUAAUCUCAAGAACCAAGGACUUUGGUGACGCCGCAGAGUUGAUUCGCUCGCGGCUGGCCAGCCACCGGGACCAACUGGUGGCAGCUGACGGCCUCCAGCCUGACAUCCUGGCUAAGAAAAGCCAGUCCGACCAGUUCAGGGUGAUCCAGAAGGACCUGGAGGACUGUGAAGCCCACAUCGCAGCGUUGGAGACGCUGGUCUCGUCCAGUCAGAGCAACAGGACUCAGUUUGAGAGGCUCCAUGCUGACUGGAAGCAUUUGCACAAGGCAGCCAGGGUGAAGCUGCGUGAGAGUGAGGAGAGCAUCGCAGACCACGAGAGCUUUCACGACAGCCUGCUGAACAUAGAGAAGUGGCUGAUGAUCAUGAAGCAGAAGCUGGAGUCUUUCCACAGCCCCUCGGGAGAGUGGAGCACUGAGGGCCGCCAGCACGAAGCUGAGAGAGCACUGGGAGAGUUUCCAGAGAAGGAGCUUCAGCUGCAGCAGAUGGAGGUCCAGGGUCAGGGGGUUUUGGAGAGGACUUCAGAAGAGGGACGGGUCCACAUUCUGCGAGACAUAAAGCGCCUACGCGAGUCCUGGUUGGCCCUGUACAAUAUGAGUCUCAAUCUUCACAGACUGCUGAACAGCUCCACAGAGCAGACAGAGACUGACUUUUGGAGCGUUGGAGGCCUGUCUGUAGAUGGCCCAUCCCUAACAGCAAAGUUUAGUCUGGGGGAGGGAGACAGUCUGCUCAGGACAGGAGGCUCCAGGAGCCAGAGAGGCCAACAACAAGACAAGCCAGCUGAGCUGUAUGAAGACUUGGCUGGCUCUGCACCUGGAAGAGGAGGAAGCCUGGAGGGACAGGCAGCAGAGGGGGUGAUGACAGGGCAGGGCAGUUUGACCCAGGGCCAUGGUGAAGGUCUCCUCAUUCUGGCUGGACAAGACCAUAAACAACUCAGUCCAUCCAGGACAGGCAAGCACAGUGGACGCUCCUUUAAAGGAGACCAAGUAGAUUCCUCUGCCUGGGGCAUUUUCAGCAGAGCGAGUCAGAAAGGUUCCAAAGACUCCGUCGCUGAUGGAAGCUCCAACAGUGAUGAAUCAACAGGGGGCAGCAGCAGCAUCUUGGCCGUAGACAGAGGGGGAACAGCUUUAAGCACAAAGGAGAGCAUAGGACGGUACAAAUCCAAGAAGAGGGGGUUUGAGGCCUGGCUGUCCAAACAGAAUGAACUCCUCUCAGGGAUCCUCUGCACCAAGGGAGCAACACCCGGCGCCAAAGAACUCAAGAUCCGACAGGACACACUCAAGGCUCUGAAGGCAGGUGUGGCCGGGGGUCAGGAGCAGUUCCAGCUGUUGCUCCAGGAGAGUCCGGGCAGUGAGGCUGGUUCUGGACCGGCAGAGGACGUGGGUCUGGAGGAACUUCGCUACCGCUGGAUGCUCUACAAGUCCAAACUGAAGGAUGUGGGAGAGGUCAGGGCCAGGACCGGCGGCAAGAGAGUCCAAGCCGAACAAGAGGAGCCGCCCGUCGCUGCAAAGGUGCAAAAGAAGCCCGGCUUGUUGCAGCGGGUGUGUCGGCUGGCACUGCUUCUGUGGCUCCUGCUCCUGGCUCUGCUGCUCCUGGCCUUCCUGCUGCCCCUCAUGGACCACGGCAACAGCUGCUCCCUCUCCAACAACUUCGCCCGAUCCUUCAACAUCAUGCUCCGUUACGACGGACCACCGCCCACUUAGGAUAACCUCCUUGGAUAGAGUAAUAUCUUAUCUCGCUCUCUACAGAAACGUGCGAUGCUUUAAUAGACCAUGGCUUAUGUAGGAAAUGUUAACCACUGUUCUUUGAUCACAAACCUUCAGUCCAAUCCAAAGGAUUUGCAACAAAACUUUUACUCAUUUUUAAAAAAGGACUCCUUUAAUAUCAUCUCUGCUAGGAUGGACCACGGUCUGUGAAGGAACACAAAACCUAGAAAAGCGUGCAAACAACCGUUUUACACAUUCUAGACUAAAUGUCAGCUCUGCUGAGCCUCACAUCCUUUGCUUCUUUAUAGUUUAAAAAUCGUGAUCUGUUAACAUUUAAAGUAUCUAUCACGAAGAGUAUACAAAGGUCCAAUAGGACUACAAAUCAAAUGAAUUGAAUUCUAAGAAUUUCUUUCUUAGUACUAUAACCAGCCCGCAGAAGCUGCAACAUCUGUUAACCAAAGUCAUAUUUUGUCAUCUUUCAUUGGCAUGCCUUCCCAAUAUGGUAGUUUAUCUAAUGGAGACAAAAUGAUGUUCCUCGUUCCUUUAAUAACUUUGUUUUAAUAAUAUCUAAUAUAACCCGUUAUCAGGGCUUGCUAAAAGUCACUUUACAGCAGCCUAUUGCUGCCAUCAUGACAAAAAAAAGAGAAACUGUUCAUGUCUACAUAUAUUUUUCUUGGUAUUACUACUUAACCAACGUAUCUAUGUUGGCUAUAACAACAUUAUAUCAUUGAAACUUUCUUGUUAUUACACAAAAACAACAAAUCUCAUUAAACAAUAAAUGCUUCUCAUCAUACUAGAAACAUAAAAAUCAUAGUUUUCAUGCAAAUAAGCGGUAGUCGAUUAAAUUCCUACUAUUGUCAUGGUAUAAGCAACCCUGUGGAAACUUGAUUACUCACGUUACGUCUAGGAUUAUACCGGAGCUUGCUUUUACUCGUUCAUUUAAAAACAAGAAAAGCUAACCAUUUAGCCGCCUGACUGCAGUUUCGAGGCCUACCUGGCACCCAUUGUCUCGGCGUGUCCUCAGCUUCGACGCUGGCCGGCCCACUCCUCUCCACUCAGUCAGUCGGUGCAGCGGCAAACAGCGUUGACACUCAGUUGACAGUUCACUUGUUAGACAUUCACAACGAGGACGUAACAUUAACACAAACUCCGUGGGGAAACGUCACGACGACAACAUGUGUCGUGUUCUCUCAUGUCUGCUUCACUUCCACUUUUCAGCCCUGUGACGCAUAUAAGCCACACCCACCCCAGCCUGGCGGCCAAUAGGAACCAACAGGUGGAUUAUGAGGUGAAACUAUACACAGGUGAGAGAUGCUCAGCCAAAGUCAAUCGGUCCGUAUAAUGUGGAACAUGUACCAGGAGAUCCAAACCAAAGACUACAGCAACAGACCUGGACAUGACACUGUUGACAUAUAUCUCUAAUUCCACCCUGCAGCGGUACCAACAUACACUCCCUGAGGUAAAGCAAUGCUUCAGCCAGUGCUGUGCUAAUGAUAUGUAGCAAUGUUAAAUAACUAGUUUGCAAAGAAUUACAAAGUGCAGCUUUAUAUUUGAAAUGGUUAUGUUUAAUCUUUUUUUUUUUUAAACUAUUUUAAGGUAAAAAAAAAAAAAAAAUGACGUGUGUUCCUAGUAUUAUGAAAUCAACCAGGGCUGUCACUGUGUGUUCAUACUGGGAGCAGCUUGGCUAAUGCUAACCCUUGUGUUGUGACUGUGAGAGAAAAGUGAGGAAGACCGGACACCUUCAUGACGAUGUAUCAUCUCCAUAGCAACCACUCUUUGUACUUCUGUCUAACUUCCGACUUUCAGGCUUUUUUGUAGCUGGAUCUAUCAUGUGUUGCGUCUAAAUAUGAAGGUGGAUAACGCUAGUGAUAGUGAGAUGCUUGCUACAGCUGCAUUUCUAGUGAGGAAACGGCAAAAACAUGUUAUUUCUCUGAUUCACGGGUUUGUUCUAACGCCGCUCGCUCUCUUCAGUCACUGUAGCUCGCUCCACCACAUACGGUGCUCGCGGAUGGUCGUUGAGCCUCUGUGUAAAACUCUGCUUUUCCAACCAGCUGACAGUUUGUAACAUUGAACUAAAAUGGAUCAUGGAUCAAUUUAUUUCUAUAGUUUGUAGCUGUCUUGACCAGAUGACUUCGCUAUUGGCUGUUGAAACAGGUGACGCUCCUUUUGUUCUGAAACCAGCCUCUGGAGACUCGACCAGUCCACCAUCAGCUGGCUUGAGUCGAGGGCCAAAGUCCUGAGCUCAUCUGAUUGGGGGUUUCUUUAGAGUCUGGCUGAAAAAGUGAAACGUGAACAGUUUUUGAUCAGGUUGCUCACGGUGUAGACACACACGUGGUCCACUCAUUCAGAAACAAUUUAGUUGAAGUGGUACACAUGAAGAUUCAUAAGCACAUGAUACAAUAUUUACUCUUACAAUGUUGGAUCAUGUACACCUCAUCCAGUGCUCUGAAUUCUAGUUAAGAAGGACGUUUCGAUAUUAGUUUAGCAUUUGCAGAAUGUACUUUAAAGAACCAAAAAUUCUCCUUAGGUUGAUUCUGUCAGUAGAAUAUUUAUUUUUUUAAGAUUAUUUUUGGGGCAUUUUAGGGCUUUAUUAUAUAGGACAGCUGAAGUUGUGAAAGGGGAGAGAGGAGGGGAAUGACAUGCAGCAAAGGGCCGCAGGUCGGAGUCGAAGCUGCGGCCGCUGCGACAAGGACUGAGCUUUAGUACAGGGGGCACACGCUCUACUAGGUGAGCUAUCCAGGUGCCCCUGUCAGUAGAAUAUUUGACAGUACAUACUCAAAGGUCUUUUGUGUUCUUGCAUGUAAGUUUAAGAUUUUCAAUCUUUUAUUUUUAUCCAGUUGGCACGGAUUUCCUGACCGCUAAUCUGCCACUGUUGAUGCAGGAAUAAGGAGGUGUCCAUGAUUUUGUUUUUCUUUUCUUUUUUUAACUGUACAAGCAUGUCAUGAGAUCUGUUCAACUGCUGUUCUCUUCUGAAGGUGCUACUUUAGCUUGAACAACGCGAUCAGUGUUUUUCACAGCCUAAACCACCAGUGAAAACAAUUAGAAAGCCCUUGACAUUCUCUCGGAGCACAGUGUACUCCUGAUGCCAAUGCCCGAGCUGUAAAACUUAGCAACUUAGAACCCAAAAUAAUCACUCUCUCUUUCCACUCCACACACACACCCCUAAAUAUACACCCAAACACCUCCACACACACACAGCUACUUUCCCUUUUUUUGGCUGUUUGUGUGUGAUUGAUUUAGCAUGUUGCUGUGGCAACAGUGGCCAAAUCAAGUGAAUGUGUAAUUUCACAAGUACUCCGGUGUAAGAGCCAUGUUGUAUUGUUUACAGUUUUAGUAUUUUUUAGCUGCCAUACUUGUUAUUUAAUGUUGAAUUCAGCUUUUGCUUGGGCAUGAAAGUGCACAAAGAUGUUACAUUUUAAUUUCAUUAAAUCACAAUUCUGGUUCAGGCAGACAUGAAAGUAUAACUCGAACACGAUAUUUUAACUGCCCUCAAUGGCACAAAUCAGAGUGAGGGCACAGUUCUUUCCCACAGAAAAGAACGCUGUGCUCACGUUAUGGCAGAAAGCAAAGUUUAGCUUUUAAUGGGCGAUACUGUCUAUCAUCCUUUAGAUUAAGCUGUUAGGUAUGGAACAACGUUCCCUUUAAAUGAUGUUUGCCUCAGUCUCUAGCGCUGCCCUAACGUACUUUUAAGCUUCCUUUUAAAUCCUACUGAUACUUGGCAGCAUGACCCGGCCUUACAUUGUAUCUGCUUAGGCUAAACUACAAUGUCUCUCAGUAACUUAUGUUUCGUUGAGUUGGGACCAUGACACAAGUUAUUAUAGGUAUUAGUAGUGUACAAGUUUUAAAACGGUUCAAAUAUGUCUUUUGUUCACACUUUUGGUAACGUUCACAUUCACAAGUUUUCUAUAGGUGUUUGCAAUCAUAAGUUCUCCAGGUGUUUAGAACAGACUGUCAGUUAUAAAACGUACACGCAGGGGCGGAGCCAGACGUAAUCAUUCAGGGCUCAGCCUAAAGAUAGGGGGCAUGCUUCAUUUAUGGCAGCUAUAUGCACUAUUUUUUUUUUAAGACAUUUGACAAUAAAAUAGCUAAAAACCUGUACAUCAUUUGGAAAAAAACAUCUUGUAGAGCUUACAUUCUCUUUUGUAUCUAACUGUUCUCCUGUCUUCAUCGUUCUGGAACCAGAACACCACAAAUGUUGAGGUUGAAUUAUUUUCACUCCUGCCGCCUAACGAGAGGCAAAAAUUGUCUGAUGUGAAUUUCUUUUUAAAUUACAUAACAUAGGUAGGGUAGGAAUUUGGUGUGAACAGCAUUACUAAUCUUCAAAUGAAGGCGAUACUUCCCCAAUAAUAUAACUUUAACUCCAUAGAUUUGCUGGGCCUGUCGGAGUGACUGAGGGGGAAAUGACACAAAGUUGAAGUUAUUUUAAAAACCUAAAAGAUUAGAGGCUUUUGAGAAAACAUUGGGGGCUGGAGCCCCAGAAGCCAGCCCCUUUGCUCCGCCCCUGCUUGCAAGUAGCUGAAAAGUUGCAUCACAUAUUAAUGCAGACAUACAAUUACCAUGGCCUUAAAGCUUUGUGUGUACCCUCCAGUUAAUCAGCUGUACUCAGUGCCAUAACUUUCUGUAUUUAUUCAGUAUGUAGCUUUAUAAAGCACUCUCAUGUACUAUAUAACAGUUAAUAACUAAGUUAGGUAUAAGGUUUUGUCGUGUGUUAAUGCUGCAUUGUAAACUGAAUCAAUGAUCACUGCUGCUUAUUGCGAAGCCCUUCUGUCUGUUAUGCAUGUCGCUUCGAAGCCUAUGCAAUGCCUGGCUCAAAUCCUACAUUGUGUCCAUUGAUACCUUAUGCAACAUAUGAAACGACUUGAAUCUCCUGAGCACAACUGGUCCUUUACACAUACUGUGCAUGUGUGGCAAACAUACAGCAGAAAAGCUGCCAGAAUAGUUUGAGUACACUUGUUAUGCAAAAAAAAUGUCCUAAAUGCCAGUGUCUGCUCUCAGAUCGAGGUAUUCAUUAUGAAAAUAUGCAGGUCAUGAUUGACAAAUGAGAGCUUUUUUAAGUCUAUUUAAUAAGAAGAACAAAAGCUCAUAUUAUUCAAGAGUGCUCGUAUUUAACCAAUGUUUUUUUUUUAUUCUGAUGAAAUAAAAAUGCAGUUUGAAUAU